GAGACAUGGUCUCCCUACCUUGCCUGGCCUGGCUUUGAUUAUGCAAUGAUCCGGCUUCAGGCUCCCAGUCCCAAGAACUGGAGGCAUGCAUCAGUUAAACAAGUAUUUUUCCACUGAAAAUUCACCCAGCAAAGGUUUACUUAUAACUUCUAAUAACUUGGAGACACAAUUAAGGGUGCUUUUGUGAUUAAAAGGGUAUUGAUACACAGCAGGUUUAGAAUUUGGAAUGAAAUGGCAAAUAUUAUAUGCAAUAGUAAGUAAGGACGCCUGGUGGCGCUGAAGGAUAAGCAAGCGAAUGAUGGGCUCUGGAUGCCAGGGACGCCAUUAAGCUAGGAAUCAGAACUCUGAGAGCUCCCCCAAAGAAGGAGGCAUUUUAAGCAGGCUCCGGAAGACAGAUCUUCAGAUAAGCACCGUUCUAAGUGUAUGUCAGACAGAAAUAUUUAACUCAAGAUUAUUUAACCAAUCGUCUGAGUGGACUGUAUACCGAGUGGAAGGAACUGCACCUUCUGGACGGAUUUGAACAAUGCAGACUGCUCUAGCAAAAUCCCUGCAGAAAAGGCAAGUCAUUUUUCUUGCUAUGCUGUUGUUUUUGUGGGAGGUUGACUCUGAGGCAAUUAGGUAUUCCAUGCCAGAAGAAACAGAAAGUGGCUACUCUGUGGCCAACCUGGCAAAAGAUCUGGGGCUCAGGGUGGGAGAGCUGGCGACUCGGGGUGCAAGAAUCCACCACAAAGGCAGCAAACAGCUCUUGCAGCUCAAUGUAAAAACCGGCAAUUUGCUUCUACAGGAAAAGCUAGACCGGGAGGUGCUGUGUGGGGCUACAGAACCCUGCAUUUUGCAUUUCCAGUUGUUACUCAAAAACCCGGUGCAGUUGUUUCAAAUUGAUGUGCAACUCACGGAUGUAAAUGACCAUUCUCCAGAAUUCCUAGACAGGGAUAUGUUCCUUAGAAUCCCAGAGAGCGCCCAGCCAGGGACUGUGUUUCCUUUGAAAUCAGCUCAGGACUUGGACAUGGGUAGCAACAGUGUUCAGAACUACACAAUCAGCCCCAAUUCCAAUUUUCGUGUUGCUACUCACAAUCGGGGAGAUGGCAGAAAAUACCCAGAGCUGGUGUUGGACAAAGCUCUGGACCGGGAGGAAGAGUCUGAGCUUAGUUUAAUCCUCACAGCGCUGGAUGGUGGGGUGCCACCCAGGUCUGGGACUGUCACAGUUCACAUUGAGGUGGUAGAUAUGAAUGAUAAUGCCCCUGAAUUUUUACAAUCCCUGUAUGAGGUACAGGUUCCUGAGAACAGUCCCAUAAACUCGUUAGUUCUUGUUGUCUCUGCUCGAGAUUUAGAUUUAGGAACUUCUGGUCGUGUUGCCUACUCUUUAUUUGAAGGUGAUGAAGUUUCUCAACCAUUUGUUAUAGACAAAUUAUCAGGAGAAAUUCGUCUGCAAAGGGCUUUGGAUUUUGAGGCAACCCAACAUUAUAUUAUAGAAAUUGCAGCCACAGAUGGUGGAGGCCUUUUAGGGGAAUGCACAGUGGCCAUAGAAGUGGUGGAUGUGAAUGACAAUGCUCCUGAACUAACCAUGUCCACACUCAGCAGCUCUAUCCCAGAAAACUCCCUGGAGAUUGUAGUUGCUAUUUUCAGCGUUUCUGAUCCAGACUCUGGGGACAAUGGUAGGAUGGUUUGCUCCAUAGAAAACGAUCUCCCCUUCCUCUUGAAGCCCACAUUUAAGAACUUUUACUCUUUGGUGACAGAGAGGCCGUUGGACAGAGAGAGCAGAGCCGAGUACAACAUCACCAUCACCGUCACUGACUUGGGGUCACCUAGGUUGAAAACUGAACACAGUAUAAUUAUCCUUGUCUCUGACGUCAAUGACAAUGCCCCUGCUUUCUCCCAAACGUCCUACAGGCUGUUGGUGCGUGAGAACAACCGCCCUGCCCUGCACAUAGGCAGUGUCAGUGCCACAGACAGAGACUCAGGCACCAAUGCCCAGAUCACCUACUCUCUGUUGCCAACCCAGGACCCGCACCUGGCCCUCGCCUCGCUGGUCUCCAUCAACGCAGACAAUGGGCAGCUGUUCGCGCUGAGGGCGCUGGACUUCGAGGCUCUGCAGUCAUUCGAGUUCCGCGUGGGCGCCACAGACCAAGGCUCGCCUGCGCUCAGCAGCCAGGCGCUGGUGCGAGUGGUGGUGCUGGACGACAAUGACAACUCGCCCUUCGUGCUGUACCCAAUGCAGAACGCCUCUGCGCCCUGCACAGAGCUGGUGCCCAGGGCGGCAGAGCAGGGCUACCUGGUCACCAAGGUGGUGGCGGUGGAUGGAGACUCGGGUCAGAACGCCUGGCUGUCAUACCAGCUGCUCAAGGCCACGGAGCCAGGGCUGUUUGGCGUGUGGGCGCACAAUGGCGAGGUGCGCACCGCCAGGCUGCUGAGCGAGCGCGACGCGGCCAGGCACAGGCUGGUGGUGCUGGUCAAGGACAAUGGCGAGCCUCCGCUGUCUGCCAGCGUCACGCUGCACGUGCUGCUGGUGGAUGGCUUCUCCCAGCCCUACCUGCCUCUCCCGGAAGUGGCGCCUGAGCGCUUGCAGGGGGACUCGCUCACUGUCUACUUGGUCAUCGCCUUGGCCUCUGUGUCAUCUCUCUUCCUCUUCUCUGUGCUGGUUUUUGUGGUUGUGAGGCUGUGCAGGAGGCGCAGGGCGGCGCCGCUGGGUGUCUGCUCUGGUCCUGAGGGCCAACUUUCUGGCCAUCUGAUGGAUGUCUGUGGUACUGGGACACUGUCUCAGAGCUACCAGUAUGAAGUGUGUCUCUCUGGUGGCUCAGGGACAAAUGAGUUCAAAUUUCUUAAACCGAUAUUCCCCAAAUUGCCACCUCAGGGGCCUAAUAAAGAUACAGUAGAAAAUGCUACUUUAGGGAAUAUCCUUCGAUUCCCAUAGAGAUUUAAUUAUGGGACAGUUUUUGUCAUUUUAUCCUAACUCAUCUAGAUACAGAAAUUGAGUUUGUAUGGAGAAUAACUUACUUUUGGAGAUAUUUUUCAUUUUCCUGUUGUAAUGAAUUUGCCCAUUUAACUUUAUCUUAAUUUGGAGAAUUACUUUAUUGCACUCAUUUGCUUUAGUGCACUCAUUUACAUAUUGUCAUUCCAAACCUAUGUAUAUUGCUUUUCCUGAGGUUUGUUCUUCUUUUUUUACUUUUGUUGUGAUGUGUAUAUGCAUUUUUGUUACAUCUAUAUACCUGGUUAGAAUUGCUGCUCAUUUAGUAAGUAGUCAUACACUUUUUAGUAGAAAUUUCAAAAUGAUUUCCCAAAGUAGUUGUAUCAGUUUACAGUACUGUUAGCAGUGUCUAGAUAUACAGAUUCCUUCACAUUCUUGCCCUAACCUGAUAUUGCCUGUUUCUUUUUAAGUUUUGCCUCUUUUGGUAAGCAGUUUAAACCCUUUUUAAAAGAACUUUCAUAUUUAUAUAUCACUAAGGAGUGCAUUCGUAACUGUUAGCGGUUGAAUAGUGCUCCCCCAGAUUCAAAUAUUGAAGCCCUAACCCCCACUACCUUAGAACUGGACUGAAUUUAAAGAUGGAACAUUUAAAGUUGUUAUUACAUUAAAAGGAAGUGGUUUGUA